AUGGGCCUCUACCUAGCGGCCUCCCCCCAUGCAGUCAGUUCCGUCCUGAUCAAAGAAAGCUCUAGCGAACAACUUCCGAUCUACUACGUCAGCCACAUCCUGAGCGGACCCGAGGGGCGUUACCCGCCGAUAGAGAAACUCGUGCUCGCCCUGAUGCUGUCAGCUCGGAAGUUGUGCCCCUACUUCCAGGCCCACCCGGUGGAGGUCAUCAUCGACCAACCCCUUCGGCAGGGUGCCGGCGCGGGACUAGUUCUGCUUGCCCCCGACGGCCGUUCGUUCGAGCGCUCCCUCCGCUUCGGGUUUAAAGCCACUAACAACGAAGCGGAAUACGAGGCGCUCCUAGCAGGACUCAGGUUGGCCCUCGAGAUGCAGGUGGCUGCUAUACACGUCCUCACUGACUCGCAGCUUGUGGCCGAGCAUCUCAGCGGUGGAUACGAGGAUCGGGACCCAACCAUGGCGAAAUACCUAGCACGGGUAAGGGACCUGACUGCUAAGUUCCCUUAUUUCACAUUGUCCAAUGUUCCAAGGGAGGAGAACGAGCGGGCCGAUGCGCUGGCUAAACUGGCGUCGAAGCCGACCUACGAAGCACGGCUAGAGGUCGAGGAGCUUCCUGCCCGCGCCUUUGAAGUAGCGACUACAGCCCCCGGCAGUGCGCCGAUCACAUGGGUGCAGGAGCUGCUACGCUUGAAGCGGGAUGGGACCCUUCCCCACGACGAAGUUGCGGCUCGGCGUCUGCGUCGUACACACGCGUGGUACACUGAAGAGAGUGGCCGGCUUUAUAGGCGGUCCUUCACCUACCCCCUCCUACGAUGCUUGGAGCCCGACGAGGCCCAGACGGUCCUGGCCGAGAUCCACGAGGGAGUCUGCGGAAAACACAGCGGCGGGCGAACCUUGGCACACAAAAUACUUCGCCAAGGUUACUACUGGUCGACCAUGUGCCGAGACGCGAAAGCUUACGCGCAGCAGUGCGCUUCGGGGCAGCGAAAGUACAUCAUCGUGAGAGUGGAUUAUUUCACGAAGUGGGUCGAGGCCAAGCCAUUGGCGACAAUCACGGAGCAACAAAUGGAGAAGUUCGUGUGGAGAAACCUGGUGACUCGGUUCGGGUUGCCCAAAACCAUCAUUACGGAUAACGGACCUCAGUUCGCCGGUAGGAGGUUCCGAAAGUUCUGUGCCAGUCAUGGCAUCCAGCUAAGGUUCAGCUCAGUGGCCCAUCCUCCGAUGAACGGGUUGGUAGAGGUAACCAAUCGGUCCAUCUUGGACGGACUCAAAAGAAGGGUGUCCGCAGCCCGAUCGGCCUGGACCGACGAACUCCCUAGCGUCCUAUUGUCACUACGCACCACUCCCAAGACCGCAACCAGAGAGUCCCUGUACAGCCUGACGUUCGGAACCGAAGCUGUCCUGCCACCCGUGGUGGCUAUCUCCACCCUUCGGACGAGGAGCUAUGAUGAGGAAGUCUCGAACGAGGGACUUCGAGCCAGCCUCGACAUGCUCGAGUAG